CUUGACUCAAUGUUCUGUACACAUUUAUUUAAUCAGUGCAUGAUGACAAUUAUGAAUCAUCUGAGAUGAAUUUGCAGACUAGCACACUCACUGUAUGGCUAGAUCAAGAUGACCUUACAUUAUAUGUUCAUGUGCUCUGGCUCUUUUUUUAAGGUUUACAUUUGUUUUGCAGGUUGUAGUAUCUUCUAUAUUUUUCCAAAUGCAAAUUAAGCUUUAUAAGUAAAGUGUGCAUAUUGUUUUUCUGUACUGCUGUGUUUAAAAAAAAAAAGAAAUUCUGUCAGUAUUUACUCACCUGAUGUUUCAUGUAGCCUACUCUGAAAUGUGGUGCUUUCUGUGAAAGAAAUAUUGUAGUUUUUUAUUUUUGUCCAGCCACAGACUGUAAAGAUCAUAGAUGUAUUUUAUCAUUAAAAUUCCAGAAGGGUUUCUAAAAGAUUUAAAAAGAGAAACAUUGGCAUAUCUGUAAUGAAUUAGAUGGAGUUAAGAGAGUACAAUAUGGUAGCAAGUGCUCUAUUUGAAAGGGCUAGUGUUGUAAUUGGAGGUAUGACAGAUGCGUGUGUCAAUUUAAAAAAAAAAUGACCAUAGAUGUUCUCUUUUUAUGUUGGUAAAGGCUAACCAGCUAUCAUGGGGAACAUUUUUGGCAACCUUUUGAAGAGUCUUAUUGGGAAAAAGGAGAUGCGUAUUUUGAUGGUCGGGCUUGAUGCAGCUGGGAAAACCACAAUCUUGUACAAACUGAAGCUGGGAGAGAUAGUGACUACCAUUCCUACUAUUGGUUUUAACGUGGAGACUGUUGAGUACAAAAAUAUCAGUUUUACAGUGUGGGAUGUUGGUGGCCAGGACAAAAUCCGACCUCUGUGGCGUCACUACUUCCAGAACACACAAGGUCUGAUCUUCGUGGUGGACAGCAAUGACCGUGAGCGAGUGAAUGAAGCCAGAGAAGAGCUGAUGAGGAUGCUGGCUGAGGAUGAACUCCGAGACGCUGUACUCCUCGUCUUUGCCAACAAGCAGGAUCUGCCAAAUGCCAUGAAUGCUGCAGAAAUCACAGAUAAGCUGGGUCUCCACUCCCUGCGCCAUCGUAACUGGUACAUCCAGGCCACUUGUGCCACCAGUGGAGACGGUUUAUAUGAGGGUCUGGACUGGCUGGCCAACCAGCUCAAGAACAAGAAAUGAAGCAGACCGGAUCCAAGAGGAACCGGUGUGGGCGAGGAGUCACCUGAGUGACAGCUCAUCAGGGAGCACUAGUGGUUUCCAAGUUUCUUUCAUUCUGUUUACAAGCUGAGACCAACAGGAGCCGGGUCAUUUCAGACAGUGUAACCCCUCGCUAUGUCCCACUUAACAGAUCCGUGAGAUGAUUGGGGAAACACCCAUGAUUCAUAUUCAUAUUUACUAGUGAAGAUAGACAUGUUUUGCUAUUCUCGUGUGAUUCAAACAUCUCAGUUUCUUGUGUCUCUACAUUGUAAAUGUAUUAAAGACAUUAACGGGGAGUGAAUGAAAAGCUUUUACUUAUAUUAAUACUGUGGGAGUAACUCUUAAAUGCAGGUCAUUUAAACUAUAUUAACUGCACUGAUAGAUGAGAAACCUGUUGAUUCAGUUUCCUGAAAUAUUUAAAUAAAAUCAAGUGAAAAGUUAUUCAGAAAACAAUGAAGAAACAUGUUGUGUUUUUUGCUACAGUGGUGUUGUUUUGCUACUGAAAAUUCAAUAUGCAUUGUGAUUUAUUAUUAGCAUAUCAGCCAGACUUCAUGACUGUCAAUGAUUAUGCUCUUAUUGCAUGUAUUCACCAGUGUCUCUGCACAGGUUGCUGAGCAAGCUUUGGUUAGUUGUACUGUUGUAUGUAAAUAGAUAGAGGAUCUCUUGUCUUGGCAUGCGUAGUUUGCGCCGAUUAAAUAGCACAUUGUUCUGUGUACAAGAACUGUUUCUUUUGUGCUGAUAUUGUUCACUACCCAAGCUGCUGUUUUGUUGUGUAGCUACAUGCGUUUGUUUCACCGACUGUAUCCGCUGCUCUUGCAUGCUGUUCGUCUGUGUCGUGCCGUGUAGACAUGUUCAUUGAUUGUGUCAUUGCAUUCGUGUUAGUGAUUUUUUUUUGCUAGUGUUGCAUGGGCAGAUCUGAGGAGCUGAACAAGAGUAGAUCUCUAUAGCCCUGUGACUGGAAAGAGUGUCGAAGAGACUUUACAGUAGACGCAGGUACUCUUAGACUCAAAUAUUUAUGGUUGUGUGUAUGCUCAAGAAUGAAGUAUGUUUAUAUAUUACACACUUAAUAAAGUAUGCACUUAGAUAAUUUAAUGUGAAUAUCUAUUAUUUCUUGUAGUCCUGUGUCCAUACAUUUUUUAUCUAUGUUCCUUGCAUUGAAAUACUAUGGAAAAAACGUUAA